AUGCCUCAUCCUUGCGUAGUAUGUGGACGUUCUCGGAUGAAUCCAAACAACCGAGAAGAAGAGUAUAUGUUUUUCGGCUUCCCAGUAAAUCACGACGACCGCUGUAAAAAAUGGCUGGAAUUUUGCGGCCGUGAAGAUCUCUACAAACUAACAAAAAAACAAUUACUCCAACGUAUGGUUUGUUCUAAACAUUUUGAAGAAAAAUAUUUUCUAAAUGAUUACUUAGACCGUCUAAAUUGUUCCGCUGUUCCCACAAUAUACGAUCCUAAACAAAGUUUAUACAAUAUUACUUGUGUUUUAUGCGGAAGAACUCGCAAAGAUCCUCCGGAUGCAAAUUACGACGGUACAACAUUUCAUCACUUUCCCGGAGAAGAAUUCCGCUGUUUAAAAUGGCUAGAUUUCGUCGGGAUUGAUUCUUACUAUCGUUUAACGAGAAAAGAAAUUUUAUACUGUUACAUUUGUUCAAAUCAUUUCCUAAAGUCCCAAUUUCUGCCGGGCUAUUGCAAUCGCCUUGUUGACAAUGCCGUACCAAUGAUUCGCAAUCCCGAUUCAUUGAAUAAUGAAUUAAUCAUCGACUAUGCUUCAUUAUCCGUCGAGAUACCCAAACAAGCAAAUGAGAAACCCAAAAAACUCGAACCUUUGCCUCCAGAAGUCUUGGAAAGUCAAGCAUGCGCCGCUUGCGGGAGAUCUAGAUCAGAUCCAACAAAUCGAAUAGAGAAAUAUAAAUUUCACCCGUUCCCAGCUUACGAAAUUGGCCGUUGUUUAAGAUGGUGUCAAUUUUUAGGCCGUGAAGACAUUUUAAAAAUGUCUCCUAAUCAAAUUCGUAAGCUUGUACUAUGCUCGAAGCAUUUCUUGUCCGGUCAAUCGUUUCAAAAAGUCGGACCUUGUGACGCUGUACCGACAAUUAAAGAUUUUGAAGAGAUAAUUGCCAAUGGCUCGGGUAAUUUUAUGGAUAAAGAUAUCAAACAUAGUCAUGAAUUUAUUGAUGUUAAUUUAGAACAUUUGGACGGUGAGUGGCUUGAAGAAGAUGAUAAGCGUAAGAAGAAAAAAGAUGUACCAAUUGUGUCGAGUAAAAAACCUUUUGUUGCUAAUAAACCCAUGCCUUUAGCUAAAAAAAGAGGAAAAUCUAAACGACCUACUUUGAUUACUAUUCCUAAACCAAUUCCUGCUACUUUACAUCCUCCGCAAAUGAUAAUUGAUAAUCGAAUUUUAAGGAAGUUGCCUUUGCCGCCAGCGUCAAGUAAUUGUGAUUUAUGGAAAUUUACCCAGAUACAAACUAAUCAAAUUCAGCCUAUUACAAUUGCGAAUAAUAUUGCUUCUUUGAGUAAUAAUGCGGCUGUUAAAAAAGUUAUACUGCCUUUUACGGGUAAUAUUUCUAAUUUGGGAAAACCGAUUCCUGUUUCGAGCUUAGAAAGUAUUCCACCGGGUUUGUUGAUAAAAAUUGAUUUGCCUGAUGUUAAUAAUUGUACUGUUAAUUUGGGGAAGAAAGAAAAAUUUACUAAUGAAAGAUCUGGGAUGGAAAAAUGUAAACGAGGAAGAAAACGUAAGAUACAAAAUGAAAUUUUUAGUGAUAAUAAUGAUGGAGAAAAAACUGAUGACCAAAAUUUAGAAGCUUUGUUGGAGAUGAAGAAUGAAGAUGAAGAAAUUCAUUUAGAAGAUAUUUCGGAAGAAGUUAUUAUUGAGGGGAAUGAAUAUGAUGAUUUUAAGGGAGAGGAGGAAGAGAUAGUGGGGCAAGAAGUUCUAGAGAUUGAUACCGAUGAGGGAAUUGAUGAAGAACUUAGUGUUCAGCAUCAGUAUAUGUUUGAUAUUGAAGAAAAUAAUGAAGAAGAAAAUGAAAGAGAAGAGAUUAGGGGUUAUGUUGAAAGAAGAACAAGACACAGCCAGAGGAUUGCGAGGACUAGGAGAACUUUGCUUCCAAUCAGAAGGCAGAUACAUCAGUUUUUGAGGAAUUUACAACCGCAGAUUCAACGGCUGCCGCACAAUGCUAAAACACGCAUUAAAUGCUUUGUUUUAACUAUGAUUAACAGUCAUCUGUAA